AGGAGGGCAGGGCGAGGGCUGGGACAGGUUGUCCCGGUGGCACGCCGGCCCUCAGGAGCCUCCGAGCUGGAGCCGCUGAGCUGGAGCUGUGGUUCCAGCUGCUGGCUCCCUGCCCAUCCUGCCACACCGCUCAGCACCGUGCUGCAGGCAGGGCAGGCUCCGGGAGUGCUGGCCCGGCUGUCUCCAUUGACGCGCUCUUGCUCCGUUUUCCUUUUCAGAAGGAGGGAACAGCAGCAGCAGCAGCAGGAGGAGGAGGAUGGGGCUGCCCUGGCCCUUUGCUCUGCGGAGGACCCCGGCCGCUGCCCAGGCGCCAGGGCAGGCAGGCUCCGGCUGCAGCAGGGCGCUCUUUGGACAGCCCCUGGCAGCCCUCUGCGGGGAGGACGGCUCCCUGCCCCAGCCCAUCCAGGAGAUGCUGGCUGUCCUGCACCAGGAAGGACCGUCAACAGAAGGGGUAUUCCGAAGAGCUGCCAGCGGGACAGAGUUUCGUGAGCUGCGGGAGGCCCUGGACCGCGGUGCGGAUGUCGACCUGGGCAGCCAGGCUGCGCUGCUGCUGGCCGUCAUCUUGAAGGACUUCCUCCGAAGCAUCCCCGCCAAGCUCCUGGUGACAGACCUCUACGAGGACUGGAUGGCAGCGAUGCAGAAGAGCGGCAAGGAGGAGAAGGUUGAAGAGCUGAAAGCGGUGGCCGAGAAGUUGCCUGGAGCCAAUCUCCUCCUCCUCCUCAAGCGGCUGCUGGCCCUCCUCCAGCACAUCGGCCACAACGCCUCCAGCAGCAGAAUGACCGCCAGCAACCUGGCCAUCUGCCUUGGGCCAAAUCUGCUGAGCCCACCCAACGAGGACCUGCUCCCCCUCGAGGCCAUGCUGGCAGUGACCGAGAAGGUGCGCUGUACUGAGCAGCCGGCUGCAGCCUUGCCGGCCUAUGCGAGCUUGGCUGCUCAGAGGUCCCUGGCUGCCUCCUCUCUUGAGCAAAUGCUGGUGGGGUGGCUGCCUGCAAGAGCAGCCCCACAACCACAGCCGCCUGCGCAGAGGCAAGGGUCGGGAGUGGGAAAGGCUGCGUGA